AUGUCGACAGAUCUGUCAGCAAACUCGAAAAAUGCUAAAGGACGACCCGAAGAAUGCGAAGAAAGAAAAAUAAACGCUGGUUUCGGAACUUCGAUUUCAAACCGAAGAAUCAUUCACAAUGCCAGAGAAGCGAUUAGAUGGCAAUGUAUUCAACAAACGGAAGAAACGACGGAGAAUGGCGAGUUGUCGUACGAUCUGCUAUGGAAAAUGUAUCAGUUCUGCGACGAGCUGUUCAUCACAAUGAUUGGAGACGUCUCCCAGAAUUCCAACCCGUUUCUCUCACUUUAA